AUGAAAAGUUCGGCAAUUCUGCCAGUACCGGUGAAUAACAACAACAAUCCAGUGUUGCCGAUGAAAUCGCCGCGAAAACGGACCGCACGUCGUCGCCUGUUCUCUCCGCCGAAUCAUCGGCUUUUUGACGAAUGGAUAACGAAAGAGAUUGAUGAGAUACGUGCGCAGCAGCGGCUCAAAUGGGGUUUCCAGUUUGAUUCCGAAAAUCCAUGUGCAGCGAGCAGCCAAAGCGAUUACAUAUUCACUGCUGUUCCCGCAGAAUCGGUAAGUCCCUUCUUUCUAUCGAACUUCCUUUUAUCCACGCGAAUCCAGUCCAGCAUCCGACACUGA